AUGCCGCCACAACGCCAAAUUUUACAAGAGUUAGACCAAAAUGUGCGUAGAGGACCUAACUUGACGAUCGUUCAGAGAAAUCAGAUCAUGGGGCUAUUAGCGGGUGGAUGCACAGUCAAAGAAGCCGCCGACGCGUAUGGCCGCACUGAGCGCUGCAUACGCGAUUUGAGGAAAAAGUACACCACAACUGGCACAACGGAGGACAAGCCUCGCAGCGGGCGGCCACCUAUACUAUCGCUAUCGCAGAAGAAAAUCAUCUACCGGAAGGCACGCGCCGCACCAAAGAUAGAGUACUCAGACCUAGCCAAAGAGGCGGUGUAUGUGAACGCGGAGGGCACCCCUUCGAAGCCACCCAGUCGCUCUACACUAUAUAGAGUACUUAAACAACAGGGCCUCACUAAUCUCUACUGUAAAAAGCGUCUAAAGCUUACUGCUAAGCAUGCUAAGGAGCGUUAG